AUGGACAAAAGUAGGAAUGAACAUUAUGGAUAUUUCGAACAAAAGCCUUCAAAAUGGGACAUUAUAAAAUUUUUAGAGCAAUGUGACCUUGAGCCGUACGGCAAAAAAGUGGAUCGAUACAUUAGGUGCCUCAGAUGUAUUGCUUGUGGUGAGCAAAAAAAGAGAAAAGAAAAGGCAGAAGAGCUUCUCAGAAGAUACAGCCAUUCGUAUUUUUCGCUGCCGCCAAGCCACAAAAUCAGUGCUGAAGCACAGACGACCCAUGGAAAUAAACCUGACCAACAAUGCGUCAAGGAUUGGGAAAAAACACGUAAAUCAAGUAAAAUAAGCGGUGGUUCCUCGAUUCAUAUCCACAACAUCCACAAUUCGACAUUAUCAGGAAACUCUCUUACCGUUGCUGGGAACACUUCAACUACUAAACGCAAGCGAGAGGGCCUUAGAGAGAGGAAGGUAGUAUCUUAUGCCGAAAGCUCAACAGAUACAGAUACAAGUUUCGAUUCCAAUU